AUCAAUGCGUAAAAGCUUGAGGAACGAUGUCUCUGAAUUUCUCGAGCUUGAACAGUACAUUGGACGCGCACUCGGUCUUUUCCUAUAACGUCCCUGCGCUUCUCUUUGGGGUCCUGCUUAUUAUUGUGAUUAUUUGCGGUAAUGUGCUCGUGUGCAUUAGUGUGUACAAAGAAAAAGCACUGAAGACAACGACAAACUAUUUCAUUGUGAGUUUAGCUGUGGCAGAUCUGCUGCUGGCUGUCUUGGUUUUGCCACUUUUCAUCUAUGCGGAGUUUCAAGGUGGCGUAUGGUCUUUAGAUUUGGCUUUAUGCGAUGGACUGAUGACUAUGGAUGUGAUGCUCUGCACGGCAUCUAUAUUCAACCUUUGUGCCAUCAGCGUUGACAGGUUUAUUGCUGUGUCUAUACCGCUAAACUACAACCGCAAGCACGUUGACCAUCGACAGAUCAUCCUACUGUCAGCCACAUGGCUCUUGGCCCUGGCCGUGGCGUCGCCUGUAAUUUUCGGAAUUAACAACGUUCCACAGAGGGACCCAAGAGAAUGCAAACUAGAAGACAAUAAUUACGUGGUGUAUUCUUCAGUAUGUUCCUUUUUUAUUCCCUGCCCCAUAAUGCUCCUACUGUACUUCGGGAUGUUCCAUGGCUUGCGCAAAUGGGAAGAGACACGUAAAGCCAAACUGAGAAACGGUAUCCAGGCCUGUCAGAGGCUGCAGCACGCCGCGGUGGCCGCCGCGUUGCCUCCUUUGUGUGCUUUGCCUGCUUCACUGCCCCGGGUCAUUGAGAGAGACUUGACACAGUCCAGCCUUGAGGAGCUGGAGGACUUUACACAACCCAUCUGCCCCUUACCCGAGUAUAAACACAACCCCAUCAAAACUGUGGUUUGCCUGGACAUUCGCAAUGGGCAGCCAACCCAACAGAAGAAGAGAGCUAAGAUAAAUGGCAGGGAGAGGAAAGCCAUGAGGGUCUUGCCGGUUGUUGUCGGUACCUUCCUCUUUUGCUGGACUCCCUUCUUUGUGGUUCACACCACUCGAGCUCUGUGUGAAUCGUGCCACAUCUCUCAACAUCUCAUGAGCACAGUAACAUGGUUGGGUUACGUCAACAGUGCCCUGAACCCUAUCAUCUACACCAUCUUCAACACUGAAUUCAGGAAGUUCUUCCGAGGAUUUCUAAAGCGCUGUUGUUUGACAUCCACUAAACGACAACGAGGCGCUAAAAAUAUUUAAAUGUGUAUACUG